CCCCGCCGCCACCACCCCAGCCCUACCCCUGACCACCCUCCCUUACCGCCCCAGGAGAGCGAGGACCUGGAGAAGCAGAACGCGGCACUGCGCAAGGAGAUCCAGCAGCUGACGGAGGAGAUGAAGUACUUCACGUCUCUGCUGAGCAAUCACGAGCCACUGUGCUCUGCUCUGGGCCCUGCCACCGACCUGUACAGCGCUCACGCCUUCCACCAGCCACACGGCUCCCCGCGCUUCCAGCCGUGACCACUGGGGGAGCCAGCGCCCAGCCUUCCACCAGUUACACGGCUCCCCGUGCCUCCAGAUGUGACCACUGGUUGGAGCCAGCGCCCAGUCUUGCACCAGCUACAUGGCUCCCCGCACUUCCAGCCGUGACCACUGGGGAAGCCAGCGCUCACACCUUCCACCAGCUACACGGCUCCCUGAGCUUCCAGCUGUGACCACUGGGGGGAGCCAGCACUCACACCUUCCACCAGCUACACAACUCCCCGCACUUCCUCCUCUGACUGCUGGGUGGCAAGGACUGUCAACCUGCAGCCGCAACCCAGCAACAUGCUGCCUGGGGACUCCUGGGGGAGGGGGAACACGCCACCUGGGUACUAAGGGGUGGGGGGGACAGGAAGCACCAUCCCAUCUCGAGGGAGGGUACAGGAGGGCCUACUUUUCUAAAUAAAAGUCUGAACCGA